UAAGAGAACAGUGAAAAAAAUCUGCGAAUUCCGAAAGGGUGGUUAACCUUCAUGUUGCAAUAGGAAAUGAUGUCAGCGUUGAGUUAAUGAACACACCUUGAGCACCUGACCAGACAGAUCGUGGUGCAGCUGUUAGUGAAAAUAGGAGACUGUACACACACAACGAAGGCGAAGGGGAGACAUUUUUCUGAGGAAAGUCAAAAGAAACUUUUCAAAACUAUGGAGAAGCAGGAGCAGCCCACGUGGGGAAUGGGCCUGCUCAAGACCUUUGACUCUGACGAGUUUGCGAGCUGGGAAAAAGUUGGAUCCGGUGGAUUUGGACAGGUUUACAAGGUCCGUCACGUUCAUUGGAAAACAUGGCUGGCUAUCAAAUGUCCCCCGAGCCUUCAUGUGGAUGAGAAGGAGAAUGCAGAACUGCUGGAGGAAGCCAAGAAAAUGGAGAUGGCAAAGUUCCGCUACGUGCUCCCAGUUUACGGUAUCUGCAAGGAUCCAGUGGGACUAGUCAUGGAGUACAUGGAAACUGGUUCAUUGGAAAAGUUGCUAGCCUCGGAAAUACUACCCUGGGAACUACGCUUCCGUAUCAUUCAUGAGACAGCAGUGGGCAUGAACUUCCUUCACUGUAUGUCUCCACCUCUGUUGCAUUUGGAUCUAAAGCCUGCAAACAUACUGCUGGAUGCACACCACCACGUCAAGAUCUCAGAUUUUGGGUUGGCAAGAUGGAAUGGAUUGUCUAACUCACAGGACAUCAGCAUAGAUGGUUUCUGUGGUACAAUCGCAUACUUACCUCCAGAACGUCUCCGACAGAAGAGGAUUUCUGAUAUUAAACAUGAUGUCUAUAGUUUUUCCAUCGUCAUCUGGGGAAUUUUAGCACAGAAGAAGCCCUUUGCAGCUGAAACGAACAUUCUGCACAUCAUGGUCAAAGUCGUCAGUGGACUUCGUCCUGAGUUAUCAGCAAUUCCGAAACCCAGGCCACCAGCAUGUAAGAGUUUACUAAAGCUGAUGCAGCAAUGCUGGAAUGAGGCCCCAAGUGAACGCCCAACAUUUCAAGAAAUCACAUCAGUAACUGAAGAACUUAGCACCAAACCACAAGAAAUAGCGCAAGAGAAACCAGAACAGUCUUUAGUUUCUGGCCAAACACAUGAAGCAACCAGAAAGGGGUCCGUGGUAGAGGUUGAGCAGCCCGUUCAGAAGCGGCUGUCGAAGCAGGUGUCCAACAGUGAGGAAUGCAGCCUCUCCCAGCUGCUCUCCCAGUUAGACUCUGGCAUUUCCCAGGACUUCGAGUCUGCUGGCAACGAAUGCCCAUCGGGCGGGGAGAUGGGCGACAGCAAAAAGCGCCUGUCGGGCAUCUCAUCCAUCGAUUCUGCGUUCUCAUCCCAGGGGUCCAUAUCAUUGUCCUUCGGGAAGGACGCUGCAGGAAGUGAACAAUCAGUCUCCAACAUACCGAAGAAAAAACUCUAUGAAGCCAUUGUGUCUGGAGAUGUCGGGAAGCUGAUGAAACUCCUUCAGCCUCAAGAUGUGGACCUGGUCUUGGACGAUGGUAUGAGCCUCCUUCACUACGCUGUCCAGCUGGACAAUGAGGAAGCGGUCCGGUUGCUGCUGUUGUACAAUGCCAACCCGAAUGUUGCCAACAAGCGAGGCUCAACACCCCUUCACCUGGCCUCCGAGAAGAACCUGAAGGUCAUAGUGGAGCUGCUUCUGGGGAAGAAAGCGAACGUGAAUGCCAAGGAUGAAGAUCAGUGGACUCCACUUCACUUUGCAGCUCAGAGUGGCGAAGAAACUCUCUUGAGGCUUCUCCUAGACAGGAAUGCCUCAACAAAUGAGGUGGACUUUGAGGGUCGGACACCACUCCACGUUGCUUGCCAGCACAGCCAUGAGAAUGUGGUGCGUGUUCUUCUGAGCCGAGGGGCUAAUGUCCAAGCCAAGGGGAAGGACAACUGGACACCCUUGCAUUUUGCUGCCUGGCAAGGUCAUCACAUGAUCACAAAGCUUCUCAUCAAGCAGGCCAGGGCAAACAAGGAAGGGGUGACGGCUGACGGAAGGACCCCACUUCAUCUGGCAGCCCAGAGGGGCCAGUACAGGGCAGCUCGUAUCCUGCUGGAAUCCAAGGCCAAUGUGCACAAGAGGACCUUGAGCUGCCGAACGCCACUGCACCUUGCUGCCGAAAACGGGCACACCAGCACCUCCAGGCUUCUGAUCAAGCACGGCGUGGAUGUUGACGCCACAACGGUGGAGGGGUGUACCGCUCUUCACCUGGCCUCUGACCGAGGUCACCUGCCCACCGUAAAAAUGUUGAUAGAAGAGAAGGCAAAUGUUGAGGUCAGGGCUUCUCUUCAGAGAACAGCUCUCCACCUGGCUGCAGAUAAAGGACACAGUGAAGUGGUGAGGGAGUUGCUUAUCAGCAUGGUCAAUAUAAAUGUGACGGAUGAUGAAGGGUUUACACCCUUGCACUUGGCAUUGAGGUCAGGACAUUCAGUUACUGUAGAUGUCCUCCUGGCUCAUGGGGCAGAUAUUAAUUUGCAUAUGCUACAGACGUCGUUAAGCCUGUCACAGGAAAUUGGGAGCAACUUCCUCGAUGAUGCCCUUCAGAGCCUGACAGAUUUUGAUGUAGAAGUAUUGUGAGGGGUUGCCAAAACUCAAGAACGUUGGUGACACAACUAAAGCUCCGAUCCUGCUGAGAUUAUCUCCACAGGGUUGUCUGAGGUGAGGAAAUGCUUCAACAGUGGAGAGACUCUUUUGAAGGGAACUGCCCAUUGAAUGGGCUUUAACAGGAAGCUACCUGAGGAACUUCUGACAGUUUGCUGGGAAUGUGGAGGUCAAAUCACGAGGAAUGCUGUGGAUUGAUGCUUUGUUAAACCUUUCCACACCCUCCAGGUACAUUCCAUCAGGAACCUUUGCUGAUGGAGAAUCCAUUGUACCCACUACCUGUCAAAUUGCUGGAUUAACAGCGCACCUAUCAAAAUAUGCUGUUAUUUCUGAAGUGUAUCUUUUACACCACUCUCAUCAUUUGUAUGCACCUUGCUCAUGAUAAUGAAUAUUGCUGAGUGGGAUCUCUAAAGCUUUAAUCUGCAGGACCAGUGAGCUUCAUAAUUUGUGCCACAGGUAAUGUUGCCUUAAUGCUACAUCAACACAGUUGAACUCACUUUGGCUAUGAGCCAAAUGGAUAAUUAACAUUUCUCAACUACGAUUAAGUAAGGAAAGUAUCUGCUAAACUAUUGAAGCAAAAAUGAAAAGCAGCACUUGAUCAGAUAACUUCACAUAGGAUGCACAGUUAAUGGGAUAAUGUAUAUUGUCUAUUUUUACACUUGUGUACAUACAUUAAUGGUUAUUUUGUCCUAACACUUAUCUGAUGUGUUUUGCUGAAUCUUAAAUACAAUUUGAUUUUUUUUUUUGCCUUUGAUCCAUAAACAAACUGCUUUUGAGAAUACGUAGUUAACCAGUCUAUAAUAUCCAAAGCCUUUCAACUAUAUAAUCUGUCAGUGGGAAAAUAAUUAAAUGCCAUGUUAUUUGUAAUGGAUUAUAUUGACCUUUGUGAUCAUAGAUAACUUUACUUCAAUACAUUAUGUCCCUAUUGCGACAGCAUUUUUUUGCUUCAUGUAAUACAAUUGUCAAGAAUUUUAUGUUAUAAAGGAAAAUUAAUACCAAAGUGGGAACCCUAUAUAGAUCUUGGUAAUCCUAUCAGAAUAGACUAGUUAACAUUUUUUUCUUUGUUACAGAGUUGAUACAAGAGCCAUUUCAAAUGAAAACAUACAAAAUUUCUCAUGUUUUGCAAUAAUAGUCAUUUAAUAUUCUUAUCUGUAAGGGCAAUGAGAUUGCAAUGAUUCUUCACAUAACCAAAGGAAAAGGGAGAAAUAUGCUAUCAUCUCCCUUGGGCCUGAUGUCAUUAAUAUUCAAACUGUGCUGCCAUUUACUUUAAAGACUUGUCCUUAAUGCCAAGUAACAAACAUUUUUUUAAUGAUUACAUUAUUAAAUUAAUGCUACUAUAAAGUUCCCCAGUGGCCAGUGUGACACUGGUUUUAAGUGCAACCAUAAUUUAGAUUAGUAUACUUCUAGAAAAUUUGCAGCUUAUUCCUUUUUGUCUCGAAUGAUAAAUUUAAGAGCAGUUUAUAAAUAUGCUGCAUUGUCAAAUUAACUUUUAGAAUGUAUUUUUGGAAUGUUUCUACCGAUAAGUUUAAUAUCUGAAAGGAGUGUGCCUUCAAUAUAUUAUAACCCCAAUUUAUCAGAAUAAUGAGACAAUAUGCAGGGUGUAAAACCUAUUAGUUGGGAAGAAAAAUGUUUGUGGAGGAGAAUGUUAACAAGAAGUUCCAAAAACUCUUUGAGGAUAUAUCUGUGUCUCUUUAAAAGUGAACUUUAGCCUGAAUAUUUCCAAGUUAGUGAUAAUUCAAUAUGACCUUGUGUUAACCUGGGUAUCUGAGAAGAAUGUCCUUCUGCAGUGGCCUGUAUCUGAUUGGCUGACUUCACUUGAAAUAUUCUACUGACUGUAGCUAUUAGACAUACAGUGAUCAAAGUUCUGACUUGCCUGUUUCAUUCUUAGCCAUGUUAAUGGACAUGUUCUGGGUAUAAGGUGGAAUACUCUAUGUGGGUGUUAAUAGAAAAUACAUCAAUAUUUGGGCCAUUGUGCAUCGUAUUUUAAAGUAUCUCAGGUGGUGUUGAUUUUUCCUUUAAUUUUCCAGUUAUCUUAAUUGCUAUGCGAUUAACGGAAGUGUGUACGCUUUAGUACAUUUUAGAGGUAAUGUUUGCUUUGUACUGUUGUAGACUGCUAGUUAUUCUCAUUGUAACUAACAUUGUUAUUUCAU